ACCGGCCAUUCACCACUCACAACCCACCAACAUGCAAGCAAAGCCGGCCAAGUCAGGCAAGACUGUCUUCAAGCUCGACUCGCCCUACACCGCUGUCAGCUGGCCACAACUGUCCACCUCAGAUCACGAUGUCAUGCUGGAAAUGCUCGUCAACCUCCUUUCCCCCAUAGGCCACCACCGCUCUCUCCACGUGACACCCUCCCAAGGCAAACGCAGCAAAAAGCGCAAGCGUCACGAUGACGCUGGAGCCGCAACAUCAGACCCUGUCCCGGCGCCGCCGAUGCCCGACAUCUCCAAAUCCAUAACCGUCGGCAUCAAUAGCACGACUCGGCAUCUCGAGCAACUAGCAGCGGCCAGGGCGCCUCCAGCGCUCCGUCCCCAAGGCGGAAACGAGCAUAAAGAAAUUGGUGAUGCACCGGCAUUGUCCAAUUUGGCAAUCCUGUUCCUCUUAAAGCCGCCCAACGACAUUACGUACGCACACCUGCCGCUCCUGUCGCAGGCAGCUUCAAGCACGCUCCCAGCAGCCACGGCAACGCGUCUGGUCCCUCUCAAGGCAUCUUCGGAGCAGAAGCUUGCCUCGGCUUUGGGCCUGCCGCGCGUCGGCGUCGUGGGUGUAAUGGAAGGGGCACCAGGCGCGGCACCGCUGCUAGACUACGUGCGCGCGCAUCUCGCGGCAGUUGAAGUGCCCUGGAUCCGCGAGGCUAAGAAUGCGCAGUACCUGGAUGUCAACAUCCAGGCCGUCAGCACCGGCGCGGGCACGCCGCUCGAGGUGCGCGCGAAAGAGAAGCAAGGAGGGAAGAAGAGCGGGCGCGAGCCGAAGGCGGUGUCGUAAUUCUUGCGUGAGCGCGCAGAAAGGAACCAUCGGGCGAUGGAGUCGCAAGCCUUCUAGACUCUUGUUUACGAGUACAACGCAGCCGAUGAGCGGAUCAGUUGCCUGUUCCCCGACUUAAGAGGGGCGGGCAGGGUAGCAUUUCUACUUUAACCCGGCGUCACAUGGGGACACAACCACGUAUUCUAGAGCCGCAGGCAAAUGAGAGCGCUCAGAUUUCUAACUUUCAUCAGAUGCCACAGCACCACACCCACGCAGCUCAUCAAAAUCCCCAACCCCCCAACCCCACCUCCAGCUCCACCCCUUACACACAGCGGAAGCGCCAGGCCUGGCCAGGCAGUAAUGCCACCCACCCACAACGUCAUCAGCAACCGACGCCUCAUGAACCGCGAGUCCCCGCAGCAAGCACGCGCUACUCAACGAGACGCAAGAGCGCCCAGCAGGCCGCCAGGCCCCAGCGAAGCAUCUCCACUUUCCCCAAG